CAUGGCAACUAUUUUUUGUUAUAUAUUUAGCAAUAGACGUCACAUUACGGAAUGGAUCAAUAUAAUAAUAUUAAAAUUCAUCCUAUUAGUAAUACUGAUAGAUACAUUCAUAUCGAGAGAAAAGGGAAAAAUAUAAUCAGAAGUACUGAAGAUGUCAAAAAGAAUUCUUGUCCCAAUAUUAACCUCAACACCGUGACUCAUUCAAGUGUGUUUGCUGAUAUUGACCAGGAAGGUCCCGAGUCUGAACCGAACACGUUUGAUGGACGCUUGGACAGUGUGCGAUCCGGAGAAUCUUUAAUUAAGUGCUACACAUUUGAAAGCGAAUGCAAUAAGGACACAGACAAAAUAAUCGCAUUUUGGAAAGCAAUUGAUGAGCACAAGGAAAUACAGCCAGUGAGGUCCACCAUCCGUGAGAGACAAAGCACAGUAGGGAGUGAAAGAAGCGAGUCUACCAAUUCAGAACGAUCUGAAGAAUAUGCUUGGUAUAACGCAUUAAUGGAAAUGAAAAAGCAGAAGAUGGACCAAGUCGCACUUGUUGCUAACGGACGCCAGUGCCAUUUUUGCGAUCUCACACAAACAUGCGCAUCAAAGUCAAAAAGAAGUCAAACCGCUCUUGAUGGCACCGAAGAACUUGAUGCAAAAGACCUAAUAAAAUUAAAUGACUGGAAACCACAAACACCGAAGAAGCCUAAAUCAGAAAGUACCGAAGUGCUUGACAAAUUAAAACUCCAUUCCAGUGAGUUGGGGCCUGGUGAAGGUUUAGGUCAAAUUCGUGGCACAUCAAGAGAAUUGAAAGGAGAGGAGCAAAUACACGACGACAGUCCCCUAUACCGCGAAUCACAAGACAUUCCCCAGAGAGAAACUGCCCACGUCGAAAAAGCCGAAGAAGAGUUCCAAGGUGACAUUGCCAUUGUCGAAAAUCAACAGCAACCGAAAGAUGCAUCAUCAGAUUACGGUCUAUGCAGCGGAUCUAAAUCUCAAAGCUGCCAAAUGGAGCCGCUUCUAGAUCUAUCACCGAUAGAACAAUGUCCAAUUUGUUCGUACGAGCACUGCGUAUGUAGAGAACGUCUAGACGAACAAACGAAAGAAUUUAUGGAAGAGUUACAAAAUCGCCUUCACAAGACCGACCAACCGGAAGAUAAACCGAAUGACACUGAGAAAAGUGCGGCGAUUUGCUGCGAGUUUUGUGAUGAUCCACACAUCUGCUCGCUGAUGAGCAAAGAUCUUACUGGAGACACCAAACUACCAUCAACCAUGGAAGACGACUACCUAAAAAUUAUCUUUAAAUUGAACUCGCUCACUCAGUCACUCAGCGAUGUUAUACCAGUGGAAACGGAGAAGGAAACGAAGGACAAUUCUGGGCAGAAAGUCAAAAAGGUAACUUAUGUCAAGGCGGAGGACUCGAAUCUGUUCGAUCCAGCAGAAUCUACCAUAAUUACACCAAAAGCGUCACGAAGUGUUAGCAUUGUUGGGGUAGAAAGAUACGUGGAAAGUGACGAUAGUCUAAUAAUUUAUGUUGAACCAUUGUCCUGGUACGCAUCGGAAUCUACGAAAUGAUCUGCGAAUUGACUAUAUACACUUUUUUAUGAACAAAUUCAUUUUGUAAUUGAUGUUUUGUUUUAAGUAAAUGUUUUAUGUAUU